AUGAGCGCAACUGAACAUUCCAGCACCAGCGGACAAAUGUCGACAUCAAGCACCAUGCUCAGUUUGGCUGACAAGCAAAAAUACAUCGAAAACUACGACUUCCCGUACUGCGAUGAGUCAAGCAAGUACGAGAAGGUAACCAAAAUCGGCCAAGGAACUUUCGGGGAGGUGUUUAAGGCAAGGGAAAAGAAAUCCACCAAAAAGUUUGUUGCACUCAAGAAGGUGCUGAUGGAAAAUGAAAAAGAAGGCUUUCCGAUUACGGCAUUGCGCGAAAUUCGUAUUCUACAGUUGCUAAAGCACGAGAAUGUGGUAAACCUGAUUGAGAUUUGUCGCACCAAGGCUACCGUACAGAAUCGCUACCGUUCCACGUUCUAUCUGGUGUUUGAUUUUUGUGAGCACGAUUUAGCCGGACUGUUGUCCAACAUUAAUGUGAAGUUCAAUCUAGGCGAAAUUAAAAAGGUCAUGCAGCAGCUGCUGAACGGCCUGUACUACAUUCACAGCAAUAAGAUCCUGCACCGUGACAUGAAGGCAGCGAAUGUGCUGAUAACGAAAAACGGGGUCCUUAAGCUGGCCGAUUUCGGACUUGCUCGUGCAUUUAGCGUAUCAAAGAACGGUUUGCCGAAUCGAUACACCAACCGCGUGGUGACGCUUUGGUACCGGCCACCGGAACUGCUGCUCGGUGAUCGCAACUACGGUCCACCAGUCGAUAUGUGGGGUGCGGGCUGUAUAAUGGCGGAAAUGUGGACCCGAUCACCCAUCAUGCAAGGUGCCACCGAACAGCAGCAGCUCAUUCUCAUUUCCCAGCUGUGCGGUUCGUUCACGAACGAUGUUUGGGCGGAUGUGGAAAACCUUGAGCUGUUCCACAAGAUGGAACUUCCGAUGGGGCACAAGCGAAAAGUGCGCGAGCGACUACGCCCGUACGUUAAAGAUCCGCACGGUAUCGAUCUGCUCGACUAUCUGCUUAUGUUGGACCCGAAAAAGCGUAUCGAUGCGGACACUGCCCUCAACCAUGACUUCUUCUGGACCGAUCCGAUGCCGUGCGAUUUAAGCAAGAUGUUAUCACAGCACACGCAGAGCAUGUUCGAGUAUCUGACACCGCCAAGGAGGCCGGGACACAUACGGCACUACCAGCAGCAGAUGGUGAACAUGCAGGCAAAACCGCAGGACAAUAGCUAUCAGGAUCGGGUGUAUUAG